AUGGAGGGAAGAGUGACCAGGGUUCGGGGAGGCAGCUGGAGAAGAGGCGGCCGUGGCGGGCAGGAGGGCGACAGUGCUGCCGGGGACCACCGGGGCCGAGGCCGGGGAGGGCACCAGCGGAGCCGGGGGAAGAGAGACCACUACCGGGGCGGAGGACGCGGGGGAAGCGGCCACGCAGCGGAGUCCCAGGACCGGGGUCAAGAUGAAGAAGUCGACUUCCAGGAGGACGGUAACAGGCGGCAGGUUUUCUCCAGGAGGAAACUGGAGACCAACUGGGAUCGAUACGAGGAGUCGGAGAGACCGGAACCUGAGGACGACACGCCCGCCCAGAGAGGAACAGAUUACCACGUCCUGCUGGAGUCGGCAGGGGAUUCCUUCACUCAAUUCCGGCUUUUGGAGGAAAAAGACUGGGAGAUGGACUCAUUAACAGCCGGUCAGAUGUCCUCAGAGUUUGUGGAUCUCCCUGCUCUCGCUCACAGUCUUCAGCAGCUUCCUCUUCAUCAGAGACUCAACCUGGAGGCUGAGCUGGUUCAGGUGUUGACUCCAGUGGAGCUUCCCUCCAUGAACCUCGCACCCAAACAGGAAACGUCCAAAACGACCACGGUCACUCCGGCGGCCGCAGCUUUAAAAGCUCCCAGCACCAACCAGAAGGUUCCAGAGUCCACAGACCCAGAGGACGAUGGAGACGAAGAGCUGGACGAGCUGCUCGGCUUAAAACCAGCGCCGGGGGACGAGUCUGUCGGCGCCAGAGAGGAGGAGAGUGCAGGACCAGAGGAAGCGUGUGAGGUGACGAAGGAGGCUACAGAGGAGAAGAUGGAGGAGGUGAAAGAUGUCACACCUCCGAAGUCGUCCUCCGCCAAGCAGGACAUGACGGAGGAGGACCUGGAGGACUGGCUCGACAGCAUGAUCUCCUGACCCCCACGGAUCCGGGAAAGGAAACUGGACUUUGUAAAAAUCAACAACGAGCAGAAGUUCUCGUGCUAAAAGACGAUUCUCAUAACUCCCUCGUCUGGUUCCUGCGGCUGAGUGAGACACUAUAUGUUCAGAGACGGUACAGAACGUCUCGAGCGUGUCACCGUGAUCCCGCCGCACUUCAUGCUUCGUGGAAAGAAUUCUCUGUUCCUCGUGAGACUGCGAAAGUUUCACACCACAGGAGAGACGGACACAGAACAGGUCACGGACAACACGUCUGGUUUAUUGCGUCAAUUCAUUUAUUAGGAUUCAUUUCCUCCCCCUUGUUUAAAUAAAUGCAGCUUACCAAAGCGUCUACAUACAUACAAAUGGCCAUACAAUAGCAGUCAACCAUCUUGUCGUCAAUAAA